AUGGGGCUGCCUGCUGCCCUGCUCCUGCUCCUGCUGGGGUCCCAGCCCCCCACCGCCCAUGCCAGGACCCUCUGCUUCGUCACACUGCUGUAUCGCCAUGGCGACCGGGCCCCCAUGGACACCUACCCCAGUGACCCCCACAAGGAGGGGCCCUGGCCCCAGGGCUUCCAGCAGCUCACUCAGGUGGGGGUGGAACAGCAGCGUGAGCUGGGCCAGUUCCUGCGGCAGCGCUAUGAGGCCUUCCUGAGCCCCCACUACCACCCCCAGGAGAUCUACGUCCGCAGCACCGACUAUGACCGCACGCUGGCCAGCGCCCAGGCUAACCUAGCUGGGCUGUACCCACCUGGAGGUGCCGGGCCCCCCAACCCCGCCUGGCAGCCAGUGCCUGUCCACACUGUGCCAGCUGCACAGGACAAGCUCCUGCGCUUCCCACUGCGGCCUUGCCCACGCUACCAGCAGCUGAUGGAGGAGACCACCCAUCUGCCACAGCAUCAGGCCCGCAUGCAUGCCUGGAAGGUGCUUGGGGGGACUUCCCCAUCAUCACCUCAGCCAGGCCUGGCACCCCCUUACGCAUCCCCAUCUCCACAGGGGUUUCUGGAGGACAUUGCCAACCUGACAGGGCUGGGACUGGAAUGGGCAACACCGCGCGGCAUCUGGAAGGUCUAUGAUGCUCUCCGUUGCCAGCAGAUCCAUGGCCUGCAGCUGCCAGCCUGGGCCACACCGCAUGUCCUGACCACGCUGGGUGAGAUCGUCGCCUUCAACACUCUGGCGCAUGUGGGGCUGCACCAGGUUGCUGAGAAGGCCCGGCUCACAGGAGGGGUGCUGCUGGAUGCCAUGCUGCAGAACUUCUCCGAGGUGACACGCCGCAGCCUUCCCCUCCGGAUGGUGAUGUACUCAGGGCAUGACAGCACCCUCAUUGCCCUCCUGGCGGCCCUGGGCCUGUACAGGGGGGAGCUGCCUCCCUACGCUGCCUGCCUUGGCUUUGAGUUCUACCAGGAGAGCAACAGCACAUUCAGCGUGGGCCUGUUCUACCGCAAUGAGAGUGGGCGUGACUUCCUUGAGCUGGUGCUGCCCGGCUGCCCCCCGCCUUGUCCUCUGGAGCGCUUCACCCACCUCACCCAGCCUGUCCGCCCCACUGACCGGACACGGGACUGCGGCUGUGCCCAGCCCCCACAGGGGACAGGGGGCACUGUACCAGCGCUGGCUGUGACUGUGGCAGUGCUGGGGUUGGCAGUGCUAGGCCUGGGCAUCCUGCACUGGCACCAACAGCAAAGGGAAGGCAGUGCCUGAAGAUGCUGCACAGACAAAUGGGCCAGGAUUGGGAAGGUGGGGGGACAAAAGUUGCAUUCAAUACCUCACCCCCAAUAAAGCUGAAUGCCCCGA